GGGCUGCAACGGGGUGACCGUGGUGCCGCUGGGGGGGACCUACAGGGGUCUGCACCGACUGCUCCUGCUGCUGUGGAAACUGGGGCUGGGGGUGCCCCGGUCUGCAGGUGAAAUGAGGGCCCCCAUGUGGUGUUUGCUUUGUAUUUGGGGUUCAUAUCAGGACUCCCCAAAAGGGGAUCAACUGAGCCUUCAGAGACAGCAGGAACAAGGCAAACUGGGGGCUUGUCCUGCGCUGCUCGCACAGGGUUUUAUUUCCCCUUUCUUCCCCGAUGUUUUUUCUGGGAGGUGGCUGACAUCUGGGAAGCCCUGUGGCAAAGUCACACAGCCUGGUUAAUGCCUGGAGAGGGCCCACUCCUCACCCCCCCCUCUUCCUCGCAUUUGCUGAGGUCUAGAAAUGCAUGUUUGGGGAAAGAGGGAUGCAGCUUGCAGGGGCAGGUUUUGCAGGCAGCCCCGGCCUUCCUGCGCCCCCUCCUCACCCAGGUAUCUCAAGUGGAGGUCAGACCCAACUCCAUCCCUCCCAGAACUUCUUCAGCACCAACUGUUUAAACCCUGACUAUCCCUGCAAUCCACGUAAAGUCCAGUUCCUCUCUAGAAACACCUGCCUGGUGCCCUGGCUUGAACCUGGAGGUGUUCCAGAAAUGGGUUUUCCUCUCUCAUACGAGCCCAGGUUGUUUUUGCUUCAUACCUAUAACCCGCAGGCCUCUACUCUAGGUGACGGAGCUAUUGUGCGUGGGGUGACAUCUGGCACAGCCAAGAGGGCCCACGGGGGGGAAGCAUCCCUGCACCAAGCCCCCCAGUGCGGAGAAGUCCCGUUUCUCUUCUUCCACAUCUCUUUUUUGGAAGGACUGGGCAGCCAAAGCUCUGGUGACAGCCCCCACAGCUCAGCCCGCGGUCGGGGGAGAUUUUCUGCUGCUGGCUCCCCCGCGGUGCCCGGUGGGGUGGGGGUUUCAGGGGGUGCCCCCCAGCUUCCAAACAGGGUUUUGGGUUUCUUUCCUGCAGAGAUCCUGGGCAGAGCCUUCCUGCACCCGCACUUGCUGCAGCGCGAUGCCCGCCGUCCUGCGCCCUCUCCCGGGACGCGCGUGUCUGCCGCUGAUAUCUCCUGCCCAUCCUCUUCUGUCAACACUGAGCGCCGUCCCGGGGCAGCAGCGGCCUGGGGGAGCCCCCGGGGGGGGGGAUUUGUGCAGGAUCCGGCUCGCUCCUGUGCUCCCGCCGUGUCCCGGAGCGGCAACUUCGCGGCUGCCCUCGGCGGGCCGGGGCCGGGCCGUGGGAACCGGGGGGGGGGGGCAGCCCCCGGGGGAGAGCCGCGCACCCCGGGCCGUGUUUAUACGGGGAAAGAAGGGGAAUUUGAGUGCUUAUAACCA